UAUGGAAGAGCAGAAUUAUUGUAAAAUAGAUGGACGAAAUGGGGAAGGAACAAGUAAGACUGGAAGUGAUAGGAGUGAUGAUAGUGAUAGUACUCUAGAGCGAUUAAAUAAACCGGAAGAUAAGGUGAAGAAAGCAAAGUAUCCUAUACUGAAAUCUGAUAAGGAACCGGCGCCACCGAAACCACCCAGGAAGGUUUUAAAACCAGGCGAAAAAGAAGAAUCUAAUGAAAGACCACCGUUUGUAGCCGAUGUAAAUAUAGAAAACAGGGUAAUUCGUGAAAAAAAAUUGAAUUACGAUCACAACGUCAAAUUCCAUCCUCUAGCUGACGUUGCGGAUAUGGGAUACGAUAUACUUUUUGAAACUAUACCCGAAAAUCCCUUAUCCAAGCCGAUGAAACUUAGUUAUGUAGGAAAAUUGGUUCUAGAACCUGAAAGGAUCGGGAAAAUAUUCUUGGAACCAGUAGUAUUUUAUCAAAAACUAGUUGCGAAAUAUGCUGAAGAUAACACACUGUCAGACGAAGAUUUUAAUAAUUUAAAAAAAGUAAUAAAUGUUCAAGCAUUAGACUUAAAGAAACAAAAAGAAUUUUGUCAAAAAUUUAUUAGAGGAAUUGAGGAAAUAGAAGAAAAUCUUUACAAAUACAUUUCAAAAUAUAAAGAAAUAUCGAAUGAUCUAAUUGAUGUUGGAAAUUUUAUCAUAUCAUUUCCCAAAGAAAAUGUCUAUAUUAAGCGUAUACUUAGCGCCGAAUUCGAUAAAAUACGAUUGGACUAUGGGGAAGAAUUUUGGCAAUCGCCAAGAGUAGCUUGGCAGGAAAAAUCGUACAGGGAUAUGGAGAAUGUUGACUCUUAUGCAAGAAUAAGCAAAUUACUUAUGAAAUAUCUAGAAGAAAUGUACAAAAGUGUAUCUUUUACAUCACUACAUAAGAGAUACGUUUCUGUUGAAGAAAAAGUGAAAAAUGAUCCAGAUGAUCAGGAAGCUAAAGAUGAGUUAGAUAAAAUUUGGAGUUUUUUUAUAAAUAAGAAGACCUUUGAGGAGAAAUAUCCGGAAAUAAUAAACGAAUUUGAAGGAGGAUAUUCCCUUGAAAAAAUAGAGAGGAUUUUCUAUACAUUUACAGAUCUUAAAGCAAUAACAAUUGAAAAAGUCGAAAAUCAAAGUCCUGAAGUAGUCAAAAACGAAAUGCAUAAUUUUGUUAAGAGUAUUAAGCAAUUAUCGGAAAUACCUCCUGCUGAAUUCGAUCCAGAAAUCACCAAAAUUACUUCAUUUCGUAAUCCAGAAAUUGAUGAAUCUGCACCAGCUCCUAAAGUGAUUGUCAAAAAAGCAACAAUUUGUCAAAAAUGUUGGCAUCAUAAAGGCAAAAUUUCAUUUAUUGGACUUGGAUUAAUAGCAAUUAGUGCACUAGCUGGAUCCUCUUCGUACUUUAUCCCAUUGCUUAUGCCAGAUAGUGACAAUACCGUCUUUCCUAAUUCUACUACUACACUAACAACGAUAAAAUUAUACUCUGACGACAAGUCUCCAGUGAAAUUUACUGAAAAGCUCUCAUCAACAAGGAAGAUCACAACAACUAAGAAAGUAGAGACAGUUUCAACUAAAUUCACUACAAAAAAGCCAUUAAUCAAACAAAGAAACACAACUAACACAUUCGAAUUAACUUCCGCUAACAAACAUGCAUUCAUUGGCACUAUUCAUCAAAUGGUCCGUCAAGAUCUGCCGACACUUCCGCAAGCUCUUCCAAACCAGAAAGAUCUACCAUCAAGUAGCGAAAAUAUGCUACAUUCCCUUCACGUUUUUGAUGACUUGCAGCAAAAGAGAAGAAAUGUAACACAAGAUGGAGUAUUAUUGGAUAGACCAGUUACACCUAUAAAUGAUGAAGUUAAAAAAGCACCUGGAAGUUUAUCAAAGUUGAGAGAGUUUGUUAGGCGUCGAAUAUCAUCAAGACCACUUGCCCACAUUUCAGUUGACGAUCAACAGAGCUUGGCUGCAAUCUUAAUAAGCGAAUUAAGCGGUACAUGGUCUCAAUUACGAUUACAAGUUGAUGAUCCUCUUUUGACGAAAGAAGAAAAUAAAGAGCUACAACGAAGAAUAACUGUGCAUUUAAUUACAGUUGCAGAACAACUUUUUCUUCAUUACAUUGAUAAAGCGCAAGAAAUGAAUAGUCGAGGAGUUUUUAGUUCAGUGGCCAAUCUGAGUCGUCUUAAAGCUCAAAUAUCUUUAGAUGCCAAUAAAUACUUCAAUAUCUUAGCAAUUAGGAGAUAUAUUGCAACAGAUAUUAAAACGGGAGGUAAAGAAGUUAAACAAGAAAGACAUGGACCAGUAAGACCAGCAACAGAAACUUUAAGCGUAUCAGCAUUGCUUCUAGCCAGUAGGAAAAGAAGGGAUAAGAAAAAACAGCCAACAACGCUAAAAGAGCAUUUAGAAGAUCUUGCAGAGAAUAUUAAAGAUUUUAAUAUGGAAAAAUUAGAUAGGAUCAUUGAUGACUUGCCUGUCAAUAGAUUUCUAGAUAGAACUGACUCAGAUGAAAAUCUCCUCGAAUCUUCAACUGCUGGGGAAAUCGGAUACGAGGCAGAAGAAUUUCAGUUGAAGAGGUCAUCUUCGCAAAUGCUGCUGGGAAGAUUAGUUAAAAAUAAAUUCCCUUCUGCUCCUAAUUUGCUCUCAGCCGAAUUGGAUUCUCUUUCUGUGGAACUUGAUCUUCCUAAACAAUAUCCUUGUAGAUCUAGUUCACUUAUGAAUAUAUUCUUAAAUGAAGAAGAAAGUCAACUUGGUGCUAAACAAAGAAGAAUUCAACGAGUUUGCUCAAUAGACUCAAAACUAGAUGAUUUAGAUGAGAUUUCUCCACUUAUUCAAGCUCAAUUAAACUACAGUAAUCAUGAUGAAAGAAUGAAAGAGUUAAACGAUAAACUAAAAGAGUUAGAAGAAAGAGAGAGGGCUAGAGUAGAGGAAGAAAAGUUGUAUGUCAGAGAUCCUAAAUAUCCUCAACCAGAUUCUGUUUCAAUACCCGCUGCUGAAACUAGAAGAGCUGCUGCAAGAAUUUCCGAACGCGUUUGUUUAUUCUCAGAUAUGCUUAGUCCACAUUUGCCAGUUUAUAAUCAACUUUUGGGAGAAAUUGAUGAUACUGAUAUUGCGAAAUUGGAUUCUAACUUGUUCUUAGGCGAUGAAGUUGGCGAAGUAUACGGUGAAAUAAUGAGAACUGUUACUAAAGAUUAUUUAAGCAUGGACGAGGAUCCUGCAAUUGCGGCUUGCGUUUCAUCGAUGCCCUCAAUUUCACAUAAGAAACAAAUUGUCAAUAAAGUAUUGAAAAAGACAUCGAACCCACCUUGGGGUCAAGCAACAAAGUAUAAUCAUUGGCAACAUACACCUUCAGACCCACCAGUUGACUCGAGAGGGAGACAAUUGCUUGUUCCAAUGAUUCCUAAGGGCGAAGGCAAAGCAGUUGAAGAUUACCCUUCUGAUGUCUACGCUCCUGCACAUCAGACAGACUCUCUCCUGCAAUCUGACUUUCUAGCGAGGGCGUAUUCAUCCUGGCUUGCCUGGUGGAAACAAACUGUCAAUACGGAUGAUUACCUGAAGUAUCUUUCUACUCAGGAAUCGGAUUAUAUGAAAACUAUUUUUCAUUUAUACGACUCGGAUGAAGAUGAAGAAGAUGAAGAUGAAACAAAAAAAAUGGCGGAAGUUGAACGUCAAUCAAGAAUUGAGCAGGUUGAAAGACAAAAAAGUUGGAUGGCUGAGAAGGAACGUUAUGAACCAGGAAUGUGGAAUGUUCAAUCAGUAUUACUAGGAGGCUUAGGAGCAACACAACCAGAAAGUGUUUCAAAGAAGGAAACUAGCCAAAUUGAAACGAUUACAGUUCCUAGCCGAAGUCAAAUGUCGGGUAAGACCAGAGUUUUUUCAAGAAGAACCGCCAAAUCCUCAACAAGAGAUCUGACUGAAAUUACUAUAGACGAAACUACAAUUGAAGAAAAGAAACAGCAAGAGAUUCAAAAGCGUUUAGAGUCAAUAUGGAUAAAGCUUCAUCUACCGGAAUCUGAACGGCUUGAUAUGGCUAUUAAAUAUAGUUCUAAAAAAGAAACAGAAAUCCUUUAUACUGCUUUAGAUUUGUGGGAGAAAGCAACAGAAUUAACUGUUGAAAGAGAGCUGAUAGUAGCUAAAUUAGAAAACUUUGAGAGAACUGCCAGCGAUCCUAACAGAUAUUUCGAAAGAGGAGUUCGAGGAAGCUCAGUUUCUCGUUUGAAGGAAGCGAGUAUGAGAACAAAAUUCUAUACCCAACUAGAUGAUAUUGAAAUUGAGCUUGAACCAAUUUUGAAGACUUUACAAGAAAAAUUCAAUGAUGUAUUGUCAUGGAGAGGAAGACCUUAUAAGGAUAAAAUAAAAUGGGAUAAAACUGAAAUGUUACAUUGGUUACAAGAGGAAAGAAAGAGUAGGGCUCUUGCGGUAGUAAGAUAG